UGUAACGACGAAUGUAUUUAACGUUAUUUAUUGUAUAGUAUUUUCUCAUCAUCUAAUUUUAUUUUCUUUAAAUAUUCAUUUUUUUAACAUAAAAAUUUUAUAAUUUACGAAACAUUUCUUACCGUUGUAAAUUGUCUAAGGAUAAACUGAUCACCCGCCAUGUAUAUCAUUAUAUAUAUUAAAUUAACACAAUUAUAAGCUCAAAAUAUAGCAUAUAGAAAAUUACGUUAAUACGUAUUAACAAAGAAUUAAUAUUAGACAGUAUUUUCAAGGAAUAACCAGAUAAAUCAUUAACUGUUUCGUAGUACAUAUAUACGAUUGAAUUAAAAAUACAUUUGCAUUUCAUAUUAACAUUGCAGUAAAUAAUAUAUCACAUUACAUUAUAUAUGAACCGAUUUAUACAUAUUAUUUAAAUUGUCUUUCUUCAAAACACAAUGUCAAGGAAUCCUCCAACCCUAUGGUAUUUCAAUUACCAUGACUACACUGAGAUAAAAAAUAUAUUUGAUUAUACACCAAGUGACAUAUAUGAUGUUAUAGUUGCAAACGAUUUAAUAAAACCCAUAAGUAAUACGACACCAAAGGAGCUAGAGUUACUUAAGACCUUUAAUGAUUUAAAGAAGAUGAUCCUACGUCACCCAUGUGUCAUUCGACAUGGUCAAGAGACCUGUUGUAAUUAUAUUAACUACUGGUUAAAUAAAACUGUAAGAGAUUCAGAGUAUAAUGUAAAUAAACAAAACUUUAAUAUUUUUGAUAAAUUUAUGCAAGAUGACCCUAAAAUUAAAGAAGGUCCAACUACAUGCAAAUCGAAAUUAAGCUAUAUGGACACUGAUACAUUUAAAAAAAUGGAAAAAUUAUAUGAUUUAUACGAUUAUUUCACAAAACUCAAAGAAAGUAAGGUUCCUACAACAUUAUGUCAUAACAUUAGUGAUUUAACUGAGAAGUAUGAAAGUGUAUUUAAGGAAUGUAAUGGGAAAGAUAAUAAUUUAUGUGAUAAGUUAACAAAUCUAAAAAACGUAAUCGUAAAAGAUAAAUUAGUUGCUAACAAUAUAUGUACAAAGGAAGCUUUUGAUUCAUUUAUUCUAAAAAUCGAUCCACCUCGUGAAGAACAAAAGGCGGUAACAGCACCUGCACAUCGUAGAAUCUCUGGAGAAGCACGUCCCCCAAACCCCGUUUCAGUUUCUUCACUACAAGUACAUGGUAGACACCCUGGAAAAACACAUCCCCCAAAACACGUUUCGGUUCCUUCACAAAAAGCACAUGGUAGACACCCUGGAGAAAAACCUACCCCACCCUCCGUUUCAGGUUAUUCAUCACCCGCACAAGGAUUGGAAACACAAGCACGGGUAGAGAGUGAACGAACAUCAUCAGUACCCUCAGAGCAAUUUCCACUACCACUACCACUACUACCAUUAGGACAAUCAGGACCAUUAGAAUCAUCAGAAACAGAAGAAACAGACGAAUACGCACGACCAAAAGGACUACCAGAACCAGAGCUACCACAAGUAGAAUUACAAGAAGAAGACCAAGUACAUGGACUAAAACAUGAUGUAGAUACUUUUCGCGAAGUGGAAGAAGAUACUUUCCUACAGGAAGGUGAUCAGCCAGCAGGUUCAACGAUGCCCACAUAUGACACAGGAACGAUAAUGGGAACGAUAAAAGGUGCCGUUUAUAACGUUUUAGAAGCCGUUGAACCGGUGCCUGUUCUUGGUGUAUCCGGUGGUAUGGGUGCAUUAUAUUUACUAUUAAAGUGUACUCCAAUUGGAUCUCUCUUUAGAAGAAAUAGAAGGAACAACCAAAAUAUCCCUAAUUUUUUCGAUCCACGAUACGGGGAACAAUUUUCAGGUUAUUAUCCGCAGUAUUAUAAUGAAGGUUUUUCAAAUUAUCGAAUGAAUAUAGCUUAUUAUCCUUCGUCAGAAGAACUAGACUAA